AUGGAUGUCGUAGCAAGAUUGGCGUCGCAAAGAGCGGUGGUGAUUUUCAGCAAGAGUACGUGUUGCAUGUCUCAUGCAAUUAAACGGCUGUUUUACGAGCAAGGUGUGAGCCCGGCGAUUAUAGAGAUCGACCAAGACAUGUAUGGGAAAGAUAUCGAGUGGGCUUUAGCCCGGUUAGGCUGCAGCCCUCCGGUUCCGGCGGUUUUUGUGGGAGGAAAGUUCGUAGGAACGGCUAAUACCGUCAUGACUCUUCAUCUCAAUGGAUCGUUGAAAAAGUUGCUCAAGGAUGCUGGUGCUUUAUGGCUUUAG